AUGUCUCUGUUCAUCCUCGACGUGAUUGCUCGUCUGCCUAAAUCAUGGCAAGACUGGAUUUUCCCACCGUCCUCAAUCCCUACCGUCACCAACAACCCAUCCAAAAUCCAACUAUCCCGAAUCGGACACGUCUACUUCGAACACAGAGACCUGGAGAAAUUCGACAAAUUCGCCAAGGACUUUGGCUUCAUACCCGAGCAACGCCAAGGGAACACCAUCUACUACCGCGGCUACGGCAAAGACCCAUACGUCUACGUCGCCUCGCAGAGCCAGACCGGCCGAUCACGGUUCCUAGGCGGCGCCUGGGUAGCUAAGGACGAGGCGAACUUCAACAAGGCCGCAGCGCUCCCAGGCGCCGUCCUCAAGGAGCUCGACGAGGCCCCCGGCGGCGGCAAGCUGAUUACCUUCGCCCGACCCAACGGCACCUUCUUCCACGUCGUCUACGGACAGACCGAGCGCAGCGUCGACACCUCAACCGAGCAGCCCCCGUCCGCGACACACGAGUCGCAAGGGCCGUACAACACACCCUUCCAGAAAAAACGACUAGGCCAGUUCCAGCGGUACCGCGAGGCACCUGCGCUGGUGCACAAGCUGGGCCACUACGGGUACGUGUGUCGGGAGUUCGACACCGAGCUCGACUUUUACACGUCGAAUUUCAACUUCGUGCACUCGGAUAUCCUUAACCUACCGCAGUUCCCGCACGUCGAUGUCCUGACUUUCAUGCAUCUGGAUCUGGGAGCGGAGUACUCCGACCACCACAGUUUGUUCCUCCAGCGGGCGCCGCCGAAUGUCCGCAAGACGUACCUCCAUCACAGCUCGUUCGAGGUAGCGGACUUUGACGAGCAGUUGAUGGGGCACAGGUAUCUUGCUAAGAAAGGGUGGAGGUCGGUUUGGGGCGUGGGACGGCAUAUCCUCGGCAGUCAGAUUUUCGAUUAUUGGUAUGAUAGCAGUGGGUUUAAGAUCGAGCAUUACGCGGACGGAGACAUGGUGAAUGAGGAUAAUCCGACUCGGAGGGAACCUGUCGGGCCGUUGUCCAUAUGGGGUCCUGAGGUGCCGAAGGACUUUGGGGACAAUAAGGCAAGGUAG